UAGUAUCAUUGAAGUACAGAGUAGUACUAGUUGUCUAGUAGUGUAGUACUAGCACUUGACAAAGUAUUUAGUAUGAUGGAAGUACAGAGUAGUACUAGUUGUCUAGUAGUGUAGUACUAGCACUUGACAAAGUAUUUAGUAUGAUCUAAGUCCAGAGUAGUACUAGUUGUCUAGUAGUGUAGUACUAGCACUUGACAAAGUAUUUAGUAUGAUGGAAGUACAGAGUAGUACUGAAACAAGCCCCCCCCCCCCUCACCCCCGCACGCACCCUGGCUGUCAACAUGUGGUUUCCUGUCAGGGGGCGGGACCAAGGCGAGGUGGUUGGUGAUUGGUCCAAAGUGUUGUGCUGCAAGGCGGGAGAGGCAGGUAAGCAGCUGAUUGGCUGAGCAGAAGAGGAGAUGAGAAGACAAGAGGACGUGCAGGUGAGUCACUUCCUGUGUGAGGCCAUGGCGCUAAGCGUGGACGUCCCCAUGAUGCUGGCGCUCGCCAUGGUGCUGUGUGGCGUGCUGUGUGGCGUGAUGCUGGCGUGUGUGGACUGCUGGAGGAACGCACCGCUGGUUACCAUCCGGGAAGACAUCGCCACAGACGAGUACAUCCUCUCCACCGAGUUCCCACCCACACCACCACAUGUCCUGAUGACCUCCCUGACCUCUGACCUGCUCUCCCCUAUGGCUCCGCCUCCAGACGCCGGGAGCGAGCGAGGAUGCGUGACGCCCACACAAAGCGAAAGUAACGCCAGCUACGAGAACUCCCACACAGGACUGGACUACCCAGAAUGCUUUGCUGAGGACUACGUCCUGGUCUUGCCCGAUGCGUCCACCAAUCAGAGCGCAGCCUCCACGCCCAGCUCAGGUGUCCGCCACGAAUACGUCAACGUCCCCGCAGGUGAGUGGAGGGAACCUUCUGGAAGCUCGCCGCUCCGAGCCAUGGAGCGUCUCUUCUUGUCAGACGACAGGGAGUAUCUGGACGUGACGCCACACAGCGCUGACUCAACAUCAGGAGAAACGUCCACGCUGUCGUCUCAGAGCGAAGACGACGAGGCCAACUACGUCAACCAACCCGGCGCACACGGGUAGGGGGCGGAGUCACCCGCGGUGGUCAGCCAGCCCAGUGCAUGAUGGGAAGGAGGCUGCAAGCUGAGCAAAAAUCUGACAACUCCUGAGAAUGUUUUCACACUAUUAAAU